GCGUGUGCGCGUGUAGUGUGUGUGUAGCGUGUACUGUGCGUGCGCGUGCAUCGCCCUGCACGCGGGCAUGCGCAGUGAGUAAUACGGACUGUCGUGGUGAAACGUUAUGCAAAUGUUUCGUCAUUUAGCAGCGAGAUGACACACGUAUAGUGGGAGAUACAUAGGGGCCUGCAUACUGAUCAGAAGUAGAUAAUAGGGAAUUAUCUACUUAUUAUUAUCUUAUUAUCUACUUCUGAUACCGAUACAUAUGUAUAUAUGUGUGUCUGUCUGUCUGCGCUACGCGAGGCAUCGGCCACGGUAAUAUGCGUGCUAGCUGGUCAGACGUCUCUUCUGCAUCCUAUUGACGGCUGGUGUCAAGGCAGUGACACUCAUUUUAUCGAUUAAUACUUGGGAUCAAGCUGAAUGACCGAUCUAGGCGAGAUAGGCCUAUAUCAGCGCUGAUGCUGUUCCCGCAGCCACGAGGGAGCGACCGAUGCAAACUGCUUGCCACACGCCGAUUACAUAUAAUAUACACACAUAUAUACGUAUAUGUAUAUAUAGAUAUGUGUGUGUGUUAAAUAAAUAAAUAUAUAUUAUAUAAUAUCAAUAUAUUGUGCGAGGGUUGAACGUCGUCCGCCGGCGACGACGGCACAUACCCGAACAUGGCAGCAGCCGACGACGAGCUGCCGACGAUGACGGCGACCGUCGACCUAUCCCGCUCCUUCCUGUCGGAGCUGCCCGACGUCGGCACGAUGCUGCGGCACUGCGAUCCGCCGCUGCCGGCCGACGACACAGCAGCGGCGCGUCGUCGCGUCACGCGACUGCAGGCCGACCACAACAGCAUACAGACGCUGCCGACGUGCGUCGUCGACGCGUUCGCGAAUCUCAGCGUGCUCGACGUCAGCGACAAUCGGCUGACGCACAUCGGUGACGAGCUGCUGCGGCUCGAGCGGCUAGAGGUGCUCCUCGCGAAGAACAACCUGCUCGAGACGACCUCGCUGCCGAAGGACUUCGGCCGCAUGGCGUCGCUAAAGACGCUCAACCUCGGCGGAAACUGCUUCCAGGAUCUGCCGCCGCAGGUGACGGAGAUGGCGAAUCUGACGCGGCUCUUCCUCGGCAACAAUCAGAUCCGGGAGCUGCCAGUCGAGAUAGGAAAUAUGACUAGUCUGGAGGUGCUAUAUCUGGGUGGCAAUUAUCUGAGCGAGAUACCUGCCACUGUUGGCUACCUAAGUUGCCUGACUGCUCUCAUCUUGUGCGACAACCAGCUGCACAGUCUUCCAAGCACCGUCUGCCAUCUCAGUCAACUACAGUCCCUUAGUCUCCAUGACAACCGUCUAACGACCUUGCCGCCGGAGCUUACAAAACUCAACCUUCUCGAUUUGUCUCUAAGAAACAAUCCACUGGUCGUGAAGUUUGUUCAGGAUAUGGUCUAUGAGCCACCCACUCUACUCGAGCUGGCCGCUAGACGUAUCAAAAUAAAAAACAUUCAAUACAGCAGGAAGGAUCUACCGCAAACACUCGUCGCUUAUCUCUCCACCGCAAAGAGAUGCGUGAAUCCAAAAUGCAAAGGUGUCUACUUCGACUCACACAUCAAACAGGUGAAUUUCGUUGACUUCUGUGGCAAAUACCGGCUACCGCUCUUAGAAUACCUGUGUCUGCCUACGUGCAAUUCUCACCCGGUGGUGUUAAGCAGCACAGAUGAGGACAGCGACGGUGAUGAUGACGCUGCCGCACGAUCUAGUGCUGAUCGUAUUAAGAAAGUCCUACUUAGUGAAUCUAAGCCAUGUCCGAGUCACAGAUAUCAAGAAAACUAGCUCACCUCUAAUAACGGUAGACAGCGCACGCAUAUAUAUAUAUAUACACGCACACGUAUACACGCGCGAUUAUAUCUGUUCUGUGAACACACGCGCGUAC